GGCCGACAUGAGGCUGAUCCUUCUCGCCGACCGAACCGUGGGUUCGAACGCUUUUUUUGGUUGCUCGAAUGGAGACGACGGUGAAGAACAAAGACCGCUCGAGGGUUUCCUCUUCUUCCUUUUCCUUUUGUGUGCCUGGUUUUCCCUCACUCGCCAUUAUGAAACACUAGCCUUUCGAUGCUUUUCCGACGGAAGAUUCGAUCUCUCCGCCGAAUUCCUUGUCCGUGUUUCGCUGGUAAACACCCGCUCUCGUCUGUGGCGGCUGCGGACGCGGCGGAGGAGCUCGUCUCGGAUUCUGGGGAUUGGGACCCUAAGAGUUGCUCGAGAGAUAUCCUAGCCCUGUCGAAUCUAGAGCUCGGGCUCUAUCUUUCUUGUCGCUCUAAUAGCAACGUUGUGGCUGAAAAAGGAGUUUUGAAGCAGAAGGAAAUGGUCUCGUGCCCUCGGUGGUCUGAGCAGGACCCGAGGCUGGCGAGAUUGGAGGUUUGCCAUGCUUUGGCCAAAGAGGGGAGGUUGAGGCAGAUGAGGAAGAUACUGCGGCAGAUGCUGGGUGAUGAAGGGACAUCAUCAUCGUUACUCUGUGAGCUUCUGUGUACUAAUUUCAAGGACUGGGAUUCCAACAGCAAUGUUUGGGACAUGCUAGCGAACGUGUAUGCUAGAUUGGAAAUGAUCCAUGAUGCGCUUUUUGUUCUAAGCAAGAUGGCUGCCCUUGACAUGCAAGCUUCAAUAUCUACUUAUGACCGUUUGUUGUUCAACUUAAGGCAUACAGAGAUCGCUUGGGAUCUUUAUGAAGAAAUCAAAUCCAGCGGGGUUUCUUAUAGUGAAUACACAUUUAAGAUCCUCAUUGAUGGUCUCUGCAAGCAAGGAAGAUUACAACAUGCGAUUUCCUUCUUCCAAACGGAAAGAGGAAAUAAAGAAUUUAACCGUUGCAUAGUUACCUUCAAUUCCCUCAUGGCUGGAGUAUGUAAUGCAGGGUUUGUAGAGAUUGCAAGGUCACUCCUUUCUCUUUCUUUCAAGUAUGGGUUUCUACCCAACAAACACAGUUACACUACUCUCAUUCAUGGGUUAUGUCUAGCAGGCUAUGUGGAUGAAGCCUUGGAACUCUCUGAGUACAUGCAGACGGAUGGUAUAGAGCUUGAUGUGGUUAUUUAUAAUAUUCUGAUAAAUGGGUAUCGCCUACUUGGCUUGAUGAGCGAGAUUUGGAAGCUCAUAAGGAUGAUGAUUCAACAUGGGCUGCAACCAGAUUUAGUUACAUAUACUAUACUGAUAACCGGGCUUUGUGAAGGAGGUAAUGUUGAUGAAGGAUUGAAGAUGAGGAAAGAGAUGCUUUCUAGGGGGUUCAAGCUGAAUAUUGUCACUUACAGUGUUCUCGUCAAUGCCCUUUGCAGAAAAGGACACAUCAAUGAAGUCGAAGGAUUGCUUGGAGAGAUGAAGGAAAUUGGCCUAGAUAUGGAUCUAGUAGCAUAUUCCAUCCUCAUAAAUGGGUAUUGUAAGUUAGGAGAAAUUGAGAAGGCACUUCAAGUAUGCCAAACUAUGUGCUCCAAGAGAAUAAUGGCUAAUUCAUUUGUUCAUGGGGGAAUUCUUUCUAGUUUGUGCAAGAAUGGAUCGGUGCCCGAAGCAAAUUGGUAUUUGGAGAACCUAGCUGCUACUGGUCAAACGUUGAACAUUAUUUUGUACAAUAUAGUGAUUGAUGGCUAUGCUAAAAUAGGUGAUGUUGAAGGAGCUGUCACAUUAUAUGAACAGAUAAUCAGGUCAAACAUAACACCUAGUGUUGUGACUUAUAAUUCCUUGAUUUAUGGCUUUUGUAAAAUUGGAGAAUUAAAUAUAGCAAAGAGUUUCUUGAGGAAAAUUGAGCUUCAUGAAUUAGUUCCCACAGUGGUAACCUACACCAUUCUUAUUAAUGGAUUUUGUGGAGCUGGGGAUACUGAUUCAAUUCUAGAACUCCUCGAUGAAAUGAUUGGGAAAUCAAUCAUGCCGAACAGAAUAACUUAUAGUGUAAUUAUAAAGGCUCUUUGUAAGCAAGGCAGAGUACGAGAGGCUAUUGACAUUCUGAAAAAUAUGGAGAUAAUGGGUAUAGGUGCUGAUGAGAUUACCUAUAAUACGCUUAUUCAGGGAUUUCAUGAACUGAGAAAUGUGCACAUGGCUUUCUAUCUACAUGAUAAAAUGUUGCAACAUUCUCUCAUGCCUACUCCUAUUACUUACAAUCUUCUCAUUAAUGCCCUUUGUUUGAAUGGUGAAGUUGAUAGAGCAGAAAGGUUUCUACUCUCUCUUUUAGAAAGAGGUGUUAGGCUGAGGAAAUUUGCUUACACAACAAUUAUAAAAGCACAAUGUGCAAAGGCAAUGCCAGAUAGAGCCAUUAUACUUUUUGAUAAAAUGUUAGAAUCUGGUUAUGAGGUUUCAAUCAAAGAUUUUAGUGCAAUAAUCAAUCGAUUAUGCAAAAGGCAUUUUGUAAACGAAGCAAAAAUAUUCUUUAAAUUGAUGUUAUAUAUUGGCAUACUUCCUGACCAGGAGCUUUGUCUUGUGAUUUGUAGUGCCAUUCACAAACAAAAUGAUCAUAAGUCAUUGGCUGCUUUCCAAGCUAUGGUUGUCAAAAGCUGUCUUAUUGCCCUGGGUAUCUAUGAAUGAGUUACGUCUGUGAUAAAGCAUACAUGUCACAUGAAAAUCGUCUUCUUAUCUCCUCAAACCACUUAUGGAUUCCAAUAGUUGGAAGCUGCUAAUUCCUUGGAGUCACACUUGUUGAAGUUCAGAAGGUGCUAUGCAAUGAGGUUACUAUGGCUCUUUUGGUGUCUUUAGAAAAUGAGUUUUCACAGAGAGGGAUGUGUGAAUUUGACCGACCAUGAACCAAUUCUUUGCAUAACUAUGUUUUUAAUCUUUGGAGACCACAUCUCAUUUUCUUAAAAAUAAAGGGCUUUAUUUGGGUGCAUAGAUGUGAAAUCCAUGAAUAACUUCUGGAGGAUUUGGACGGCUGAAGAAAUACCCAUCAUGCAUGGGAAAUCUCAACCAUAAUGGAUUCGUCGCCUUCUCUGGCUCAGGUGCCAGUUUUCGUGUACGAGCAGCACGGCUAGAUGAUUUCUGGGACUUGUAGUAGCCAACUUGCAGUUUGAAUUGAAGGGGACAUGAUGUUGAACCUGACCUGCAUUGUCAAGCUGAUGUAAACCAAAUUGGAGUCAUGGCCUAGUUGACCUACAAGACAAUCAGAAUAUGUGCCGGAAUUAAUAUAGGUGGGGAGUCCUGAUGCUUCAAUGCCGAAUGAAGAAACUGAGUCCUGAUUGGAGUGAGUAGCAAAAUUAUACCUUGCAUCAAAGUGCCGUAUUUAUUUAUUCUGGAUGGUCAAAGUGCUAGCUGCUCGAGAGCAUGUUUUGGCGUCAACGAGAAUCCUUUGGUUGUCUCCUUCAAUAUCGUCUACUUUAAAGUGCUCUUCCACAAUCUUCCGCAACGGUUUGGCCUCGAUACCCCUGCAUGGAUGAUUUUUUCUCAGCAAUCCAUUGAUUCAAUUAUUGCCGGUCUCUAAUCCUCUAUUCUCUUAUAAUUUAAAUGGUGAAAUCUCAAACUAGUUCCAUGGAAGCAAAGGAACUUGUUAGUGAGACUCCUUUCUUCCUAGUCUGUUCAUUAUGGUACAAUAAACUUCAUCUAGUGUUCUGGAUGAUUUCAUUCUGGGGAAUAAGAUCAUUCCUUUUUAUUUUA